AUGGCGGAGCUCUUCCCGGAGGCUCCUGCCUCUCCCCUCGCCCUCAGCUACCUCGACGACUUUGACCUGCUGAACCUCGAGGUGAAGAGGGAGGCGCCGGAGGCCGGGCCCUGGCCCCACCCCCACCCGCCUGGGGGUGGAGGAGGGUCCCUCGCCUCCACCCCCUGCAGCUCCCUGCCCUCCUCGCCCGGCCUCAGCGAUCCCCCCGCCGGGGGCCAGGGGGUCCUGGAGGAGCUGUACUGGGCGCCCGGCGAGGACGGGGGCCCGCUCGGCACUUUGGCCACAGGGGGCGGCGCCGGGUGCCAGCUCCCGGCCUUCGACGGCUUCUGCCCCCUCCACCCGGCCCUCCACCUGCUGCCGUUCCCAGCCGGGGGUUGCCUCGAGCAGCCGCCAUUGUUGCCCACCGGCCAGUUCCAGGCCCCCCAUCGACCACCCGAGCACAUCAGCGACGAGCAGCUAGUGGGCAUGUCGGUGCGUCACCUGAACCACCAGCUGCGGGGUCUGGGCAAGGACGAGGUGGGGCGACUGAAGCAGAGGCGCAGGACCCUGAAGAACCGGGGCUAUGCCCAGUCCUGCCGAUCCAAGCGGGUCCACCAGCGCCAAGCCCUGGAGAGUGAGAAGCGGCAGCUGCUGGAGCAGUUGACACGGCUGCGGUCCGAGGCCGGGCGCCUCGCCAGGGAGCGGGAUGCCUAUCAGAGCCGGUGCCAGAGGUUGACACAAGGAGGAGCAGGAGGAGGAAACGGAGGAGGAGGAGGACCCUCAACCGAGGAGCCACUGUCCCCUGGCUUCUACCUGUGACCGAGCGGCGAGAAGGAGGGA